UAUUGUGAGUGUUAGGUGGUGUGGAUGGUCGUGUGGUGUGUGGUACUCCUUCCCUCUGCAGCACUUGGCGAGAUGACGACCAAGGAGACCAUACCGUCAGUGCAGGUGUUCGGCAGGAAGAAAACUGCCACAGCUGUUGCUCACUGCAAGCGUGGACAUGGGUUGAUCAAGGUUAAUGGCCGGCCACUGGAGCACAUUGAGCCCAGGACUCUGCAGUUCAAGCUGAUGGAGCCUGUCCUUCUCCUUGGCAAGGAUAGGUUCUCUAAUGUUACAAUCCGUGUUCGUGUAAAGGGCGGUGGCCACACCUCACAGGUUUAUGCCAUCCGUCAAGCUAUUUCAAAGUCUUUAGUGGCUUAUUAUCAGAAAUUUGUGGAUGAAGCUUCCAAGAAAGAGAUCAAAAACAUCUUGAUCAGCUACGACCGUUCCCUCUUGGUUGCCGAUCCUAGACGCUGUGAGCCAAAGAAGUUCGGAGGUCCAGGAGCCCGUGCGCGCUACCAGAAGUCCUACCGAUAAGCAUCACUUUUAUCUUCUGUCCAUUACAAUACACCUAAGGACAUGUU